AUGACGAACUCCACACCCGCCCUCCAACAAGCGGCCGUGGUCUCGAACCCCGGCGAAGGAUAUACUAUCGCCCUUCGAAACGACAUUCCCGUCGCAACACCGGGGGAAAAUGAAAUCCUUGUCAAACUAAGCUGCACAGGGCUAUGCCGCUCCGAGCUUCGCGCCGCUCUAGCCUGGGGCGCAUACAAUUCCAUCAUCGGCCACGAAGGUGUUGGCGUGGUCGUCCAAGCUGGACCCAACUCCUCACAAUCCCUACUGGGAAAAAGAGUCGGUGUCAAAUGGCUCUAUAGCGCAUGCACCAAAUGCUCCGUCUGCAAGCGUGGGUAUCCGAAUAACUGCGCUCAACAACUAAACACGAGUCGACAUGUUCCCGGAACUCUACAGCAAUAUGUGAUUGCGGAUGCGCGAUUCGUGACAUUGAUUCCAGACGAUGUGAGUGAUGAAAUUGCGGCGCCGUUGCUGUGCGCCGGAUUAACCAUGGCCGGGGCGUUAGCGAAGCUGGAUAAUGAGCUUCGGGCCGGGGAUUUCGUCGUCAUCUCUGGGUCGGGUGGUGGACUGGGCCAUAUUGGAGUGCAGAUUGCGGCGAGGAUGAAAUCACUGCGUGUUAUUGCUGUUGAUAGUGGAGAGGAGAAGAAGAAGGUGAGUCUUGAGUCUGGGGCGGAGCUCUUUAUCGAUUAUAAGAGUGAGGAUGUUGUUGCUCGAGUACGAGAUGUUACUGGGGAGGGGGCGCAUGCGACGAUCGUUGUACCAGGGACCGAAGAAGCAUUGGCGAUGGCUCCCCAGGUUGUGCGGAAUAUGGGUUUCGUGGUGAAUGUUGGCUUGCCGCGGAAUGACUUGAAUAUUCCGCUUUCUGCGACGGUUUGCACUGCUCGGGCUCUCACUUUCAUCGGGUCGUCUGUGGGCACCGAGGACCAGAUGGAUGACCUCUUACAGGCAGCCGCGUCUGGCAAGAUCACGCCUUCGAUUCAAGUGUUUGGCUUUUCGUCGGUGCCGACUUUGAUAGCCAAGCUAAAGGAGGACGGGAUUUCGGGGAGAGCAGUUGUCAAACUCCCAUAG